AUGAGUGAUAUUGCUAUAUUCAAUUUAAAACAAGACAUUAAUGAAGAUGACUUAAAAACAUUACUACAACCAUACGGAAAAAUUAGUGAAGUAAAAAGGAUAUUAAAAAUGAAUAAACAAAGUAUUGGAAUUGUUGGGGCAACAAAAAAAAAAGAAAUAAAAAAAUUAAUGGAGGCAUUAGAAGGUAAAGAAAUUGAGCCAAAUAGAAAGAUUACUACAUUAAGACUCGGGUUUAUUCCAUUAUCCCCAAUUGAGGAAUCUUUUAGUAAAGCUUGUCAAGAGUAUGUUUCUAAAGAACAAGAAAUUAAAUCAAAAGAAAAAGUAAAAGAUGAUAUCAGAUCUCGAUUAAAGGAUAGAUCAAAAGAUGAUUUCAAGUCCAGAUUAAAAGAUAAAUCAAAGUAUGAGUUAAAAGACAAACCAAAAGAACUAGAUGAAAUUAUUACUAUUAUUAAUCAAUUAAACGACCCCAAUAACAAAGGUAAUACUGAUAAACUUAAUGAAUUAAAUAAAAAGUUGAAAGAACUUGAACAAAAAAAUGGAGGAAUAAAAAAACAACACUAUUCUGUUCAUGACAAAAAGAAUUUCAGGUAUCAAGGCAAAAAAGAUUUUAAACCCUAUAAAAAACAUCAACAAGAAUCAAAACCAAGACCUCAUCAAAAUAAAAAGUAA